AGUGUUUGACUGUUUUAUUAAAUUCUUAUCGAAAGCUGUGAAAAUUCGUUCAGUGAUCACCAAACGUGUCGUGUUUUGGAUUCGGAUGAAUACGUGAACCGGGGAAUCGUUCAUUUAAAUCCCCUCCCCCGUCCGUCAGGUCGGCCCUGUUUUAUGUCGGGGGUCGACCGCUGCAGAACGAGGUGAACUGAAUUCGGCGCGAACGGGAACGCAAAUCAGUUCGGGUCGUGACUGACGUAUCAUGAGAAGGUAGCUGUGAAUCCCCGGCCGUAUCCCGUUGGAACAGAAAUCCGCAACACCCCGGUAUUUGUUCUGAGACUUGGUAAUGAAGUGAGCGUAGACCCGAGACUUUGUGGAAACCCUCGGCAAGCCUAAUCACCUGCAGUUAGCGUGCCAACUUGCUAUCAUGGCCACUGUCAACGGACGUCCUGCACAAUAUGGCAUCAGCCUUAAACAACUGCGGGAUCUCAUGGAGGUUCGCGGUCGUGAGGCAAUCGAUAAAAUCAACGCGGAAUACUCCGGAGUGCUCAAUAUAUGCAAGAAUUUGUACACAUCUCCCACAGAAGGUCUCUCGGGAUCUCAGGCGGAUCUCGAGCAUCGGAGGCAAACGUUCGGGUCCAACGUGAUACCGCCCCGACCGCCGAAGACGUUCCUGCAGUUGAUUCUGGAGGCGAUUCAGGACGUGACUCUCAUCAUUCUCAUUGUUGCUGCAAUCGUCUCGUUAGGCCUCUCCUUCUACCCUCAUGGCGGUGGCGAGGAGGAAAGCCUCGGACAUUCGGACGAGUCUGAGAGCGAGGCUGGAUGGAUCGAAGGGCUCGCCAUUUUCAUAUCCGUUAUCGUGGUCGUCAUCGUCACUGCGUUCAACGAUUAUACGAAAGAGCGCCAGUUCCGAGGCCUUCAAUCCAAAAUCGAAGGCGAGCACAAAUUCGCCGUUAUCCGAAAUGGAGAAGUCGAGCAAAUCAAAGUCGGAGAUCUCGUCGUUGGCGACAUUUGCCAGAUCAAAUACGGAGAUCUGCUGCCUGCAGAUGGGAUAUGUAUUCAAAGUAAUGAUUUGAAAGUGGACGAGUCGUCAUUGACCGGCGAGUCCGACCAUGUCAAGAAGGGCGAACACUCGGAUCCAAUGUUGCUUUCAGGCACACAUGUGAUGGAAGGCAGCGGGAAGAUGUUGGUUUCAGCCGUAGGCGUGAAUUCUCAGGCUGGGAUCAUCUUCACGCUUCUGGGCGCUGCGGUGGACGAACAUGAAAAGCAGGCGAAAGCUAAGGCCAAGAAUAAGAAAGCCGGGCGCGAGUCCGACGGUGACGUGGAGCAGGGCCUGACCGGCAACAGCCACGCUGGUGGCAGUGCUGCUGCUGCUGUCCCAGUCCCUGCGACCGUCGUUGCAACAGAUGACCCGACAGCGCCCACUGAGCCUAGCGCCGAGGUCAGCACCAAGAAGGAGAAAUCCGUUUUGCAGGCUAAGCUCACAAAACUCGCCAUUCAAAUCGGAUACGCCGGUUCCCUGAUCGCCGUUAUGACCGUAAUCAUCUUGAUAGUGAGGUUUUGUAUCACGACGUUCGUCGUCGAGAAAAAGGCUUGGAGCGGAUUCUAUGCGAAUUAUUUUGUCAAGUUUCUCAUUAUCGGCGUGACCGUUCUGGUCGUCGCUGUCCCGGAAGGGCUUCCGUUGGCUGUUACUCUUUCGCUUGCUUACUCAGUAAAGAAAAUGAUGAAAGACAACAAUCUGGUUCGUCACUUGGACGCGUGCGAGACAAUGGGCAACGCAACAGCCAUCUGCUCCGACAAGACCGGAACGCUGACGACGAACCGGAUGACGGCUGUGCAGGCCUAUGUAGAGGGUGAGCUCUACAAAGUCAUCCGGCGCGAUGACUCGAAUGUGAUAUCCAAAACGACGAGAGAAACUUUGUUCCAAAGCAUAGCGCUCAACAGUGCGUUCACGAGCCGCGUUAUUCCACCAGCAACACAGCAAGAGGGAGAGCUUCCGAAGCAGGUGGGAAACAAGACUGAAUGUGCGUUGUUAGGAUAUGUUCAGGAUCUCGGAGGGAGCUACGAGAAAAUACGCGAGGAGAACCCUGAGGAGACAUUGCACAAGGUGUACACCUUCAAUUCCGAAAGGAAAUCGAUGUCCACCGUCAUCCGUUUGCCUCAGGGAGGCUUCCGUGUGUACACCAAAGGCGCUUCCGAAAUCGUGAUGAAGAAGUGCUCAUUCAUCAUGGGGGCGAAGGGGGAAUUGAAGAAAAUGACCAAGGAUAUGCAAGACCGGAUUGUUCGUGAAGUUAUCGAGCCCAUGGCGUGCGACGGCUUGCGUACUUUGUCCGUUGCAUACCGGGAUUUCGUGCCGCACAAAGCUGAAAUUAAUCAAGUUCAUUACGAAACUGAGCCGAAUUGGGAGGAUGAAACAAAUAUCAUUUGUAACCUGACUUGUGUCGCCAUUUUCGGCAUCGAAGAUCCUGUUCGACCUGAGGUUCCCGACUCAAUCAAAAAGUGCCAAAAAGCAGGUAUCACUGUCCGCAUGGUAACUGGAGACAAUAUCAACACUGCUCGAUCAAUCGCAACUAAAUGUGGGAUCAUCAAGCCUGGCGACGAUUCGCUGAUUCUUGAAGGCAAGGAAUUCAACCGGCGUGUCCGCGAUGCCAGCGGUCAAAUCCAACAGCACUUGAUCGACAAAGUCUGGCCCAAGUUGCGGGUGCUCGCCAGGUCCUCGCCGACUGACAAAUACACCCUCGUCAAAGGAAUCAUCGACUCGAAAGUCAACGAAAACCGCGAGGUCGUGGCUGUCACCGGCGAUGGUACAAAUGAUGGCCCUGCGCUGAAAAAAGCUGAUGUCGGUUUUGCCAUGGGGAUCACCGGAACCGACGUGGCGAAAGAAGCAUCAGAUAUUAUCUUGACCGACGACAACUUCUCUAGCAUCGUGAAGGCCGUCAUGUGGGGUCGGAACGUGUACGACAGCAUCGCGAAGUUUCUGCAAUUCCAACUGACCGUCAACGUCGUCGCUGUCAUCGUUGCAUUCGUCGGAGCGUGUGCCAUCGAGGACAGUCCCCUCAAGGCGGUUCAAAUGCUUUGGGUGAACCUGAUCAUGGAUACGCUGGCAUCGCUUGCUCUGGCAACGGAGAUGCCUACACCAGAACUGCUCUUAAGGAAGCCGUACGGGCGAACAAAGGCUCUCAUUUCACGUACAAUGACGAAAAACAUAAUGGGACAGAGCAUUUACAUGCUGUUUGUCAUCUUCUUUCUCUUAUUCUAUGGGUCCCAAUUUUUCGACAUCGACUCCGGAAUGUGGGCAAGCAUUCAAGACCCACCGUCACAGCACUUCACUAUUAUCUUCAAUGCUUUUGUUCUGAUGACUCUUUUCAAUGAGAUUAACGCGAGGAAAAUCCAUGGACAGAGGAACGUUUUCUCGGGAAUUUUCUCGAAUCCCAUCUUCUACUCGAUCUGGAUCUCCACCUUUGUGUUCCAAAUUGUCAUCGUUCAGUUCGGUGGAAGGGCUUUUUCAACAGCACCUCUUCAAUUGGUUCACUGGCUCUGGUGUUUGUUCUUUGGAUUCGGAACGCUGCUGUGGGGUCAGCUUGUCACAACAGUGCCUACCAAGAAUAUCCCUAAAAGACUCAGCUACGGACGUGGACAGCCGGAAGAAUUAGCAAUCAUAUCAGAAACACUGAUGGAAGAUGGACAUUCGAAAGACUCAGAUGCAGCUGACAAGAGACGCUCCACCGGACAAAUCCUUUGGAUCCGAGGCUUAACUCGCUUGCAAACUCAGCUGCGAGUCAUCAGGGCUUUCAAGUCCACCCUAGAGGAUUUAGAGGAACGCCGCUCGGUGCACAGUUUGCACAAUGCGGGGACUAGGAGCCAACUCGGUAUCACGGCAGUGACAGCUGGACUCUCAUGUCACUUAUUGCCGCCACAUUGUCCGAUCCGUGUGGUGAACGCCUUUCGUCAAGGACUGGACACGCGUUAUGACCGGAACAACCCAGCUAUUCAAGCAGUACUUCAGAAGCAAGCGUCACUUUCCAAGCGCCUCAGUCAAGCUUCUUCAAUCGAAUAUGCUGACAACGUGACGGACGAUUUACCCAUUCCCGAUAUGGACCUCGAACGAAUCUCUUCGCACUCGCACACGGAAACCGCCGUUUAAGAGGAAUAUCCCGAGGACAUGUUAGAGAAAGAGACGUGUUUCGAACAUUUCUUGGGAGGGGAACAUGAAAAGCGUAACAACGAGUUUGACUUCUUGUGAUGACACACCAUUGUUGCUGGUGCUUGCUUAUCUUCCUGAUAUUGUGUGCUAGGUGACGUAUAUGUUGACCGAACCCUGCCUGAAUAAGUUCGGGCGACGAAUUCCUUGUGAAAUUCUCUAGGUAUGUGCUUGACUGAGCGACCCGGCUGUAAGAGGGAUUUUUAGAACCUUGUGAGUUUGAUUUACUUUUGCGAAUGAAGAUAUUUACUUCGCACGAGUGCUUGACCUGGCGCAGCGAGAUGUGAAUCCUUGCAUUGUCCGAUCCACGGAUAGCUUUUGGAACAAGAGAAAGGCCCGUUCUUCGACGGAAGAACACAGAGAACUAGUCAGUUACCCUCCCUGUACAUCCUUAACGCUUCCUUUUUUAAUUUAAUGAGAAACAUUUUGACGGCCAUAGAGUGUGCUUAAAAUGACCAGAAUUGUCCUCGCCAAGGCAUUUCGUUUUUACGAUGUUGUGUUGAGUCGGCAAAUUUUGUGCCGCAUAGCCAACAAUGAGAAAAUGUAUUGAAUGCCCAGGGAGAAAUACCGCGUUAUCGAGCCAUAACUUUGACCCAUCGAAUUGAAAAGGGUCUGUAAAAUUUGAAUUUUUUCGACUAGUCAUUGAUCAGCUUCGUACUUCCGCUUUUAUGAACUAUCUUCGAAGCCAUUUACUAGUUGUUCCAAGGCCCGUAAUUCAGCCAAGGCGAGGCAUUUUUUUUUCAAGGAGAGUUCGUUUGUGCAUUCAUCUUGGGCUCGCAUUUAGGCGGAGAUUUCUGUUGAAAGAUUUUAGAACCAACCUGAAGUCUUCAUAUGAAAUGUGUUGCUUACUAAAGUAUAGUAUUCAUUGCUGCCCUUCGGAUUCCAGUGUAUCGGAUAGUUGUGAAGUCGUGUUGGAAACCAUUCUGCCUGAUCCCCGGCGUGUGUCAUGUUCGAGUUCUUUAGGUGUUUUUAAUUCAUAAAUAUUUCGUAACGAAUGGCUGCUUCCAUUUUACUGUAAAUUGUUCCAAUUGGCUAAUUGGUCGUUGUUCCUGCGAAUUUGAUGCGCCAAACCUGUUUCAGACUGUACACCGAACCAUGACAGAUUUUCUGUGACUGAUGUUAACUGUCAAAUGCUGGGAGUUUUCAAUUGAUGAUCAUCCGGAGUUUUCUUUGAUAAUUUUCUCGGGUUUUUUUGUUCAUCUUUUGGAUUGGGUUAUCUCUGAGGUUUAGAAUCCGUGACAGCUAUCGUAUUUGAUGACUCGUCACUCAUUGCGGCUACUAGUUACCUUUUGAGCUUUCGUGUUCUUCUCCUGUGUGCAUUUGCUCGAGGAGCGAUUUUUCCAGUGGCACGAUUUCCCUCUCGCCUGUGCUUGAGAAGCUUAUGUACUGGGUGAGAGCUCAUUGUGAGCGUCCUCUGGAUUGUGAGGCAUAGAUGGACCGUCACCCCUUUGCGGCCUUACCCCCCUUCUGUCUAUUUUAUUUUAUUUUUGGGAGUCCUUUGACUAUUUAUGAGAGGCGACGCACAAGAUGCGAAAUGCUAGUGGUCUUCAAAUGUUACGCGCCGGAAAAGGUGUAUUUAUGAAAUUGAUCAUUUUGAUGUUGUGCUCCCUGUUGCUGAAGCCUCCGUGUUUUUUGACGGUUUUCCCUGAAGCAGUGCCCGAAAUUGUUAAUUUCCCUCGAACAUUUAAAUCUGAAUUGGAUUUUCCAUGUUUUGGAGGGUGAUUUCCGCAUUCCGAAACUCUUGAGCCCUUUCUGUACCCAGAAGAAAUGCAGACCCUGGAUUCGUUUUCA